GAGUUUCAAGGUGUGGUAAACCAACUAGCCGGAAUGAAGAUGAAAUUGGAGGAUGAACUUCAAGCUUUGUUGUUGCUUUCCUCAUUGCCCGACAGUUGGGAUACAUUGGUGGUUUCACUUAGCAACUCUGCUCCGGAUGGAAAGAUGACUAUGGAGAUGGUCAAGGCUAGUCUUUUGAAUGAAGAGGCUAGGAGGAAAGAAUCAGGUUACCAUAGCCAAGCCGAAGCAAAUGUGAUUCCAGAAUCUAGCAGGGGGAGAAGCAAGAGCAGAAAUCCUCAUUACAGAGACAAGUCCAGGGGGAGAUCCAAAUCCAGAAAGAGAGAUUUCAUUUGCCAUUAUUGUCAGAAGCCGGGUCACAUUGAGAGAUUCUACAGAAAGAAGAAGAGAGAUAUGUCCAGGGAGAGAAAAGAUAAAAAUGAGAAUUCCGAGCAGAAGCCAGAAGAGAAGAACACUACAGCCUUGGCAUCUACUGAUGAUGAUUUGUUUGUUAUCGGUGAUCAUGGACUAUUAAAUGUAGCCUGUGAUGACUGCACCUAGGUGAUUGAUUCUGGUGCAUCUUAUCAUAUUACUUCACACAGGGAGUACUUCUCAUCCUAUAUUAGUGGUGAUUUUGGCCAUGUGAGGAUGGGAAAUGAUGGUUCGUCCAAGAUCAUUGGUAUGGGUGAUGUUUGUUUAGAGACUUCCACUGGUUGCAGGUUGGUGCUCAGGGAUGUGAGGCACGUCCCAGAUAUCAGAUUGAGUUUGAUUUCAGCUGGUCUGCUUGAUGAUGAAGGUUAUGCCAACAAAUUUUGUGAUGGAAGAUGGAAACUCUCCAGGGGCAGUUUGAUUAUGGCUCGAGGUAAGAAGCAGAAUUCACUUUAUGUUAUGCAGGCCAGAGUAUGUAGCGGAGAUGCCA